CGUGUUUUUGUAUGUUUCGUUUAAUAACCCUAGGACAACUGAUCGUCUGCUUUUUUUUCACGUUUUGGUCAACAUCGUAAAUCGUACUGUCGUGUUUUAAUGCUAGCAAAGUACUCUAAAUAAACCGGUAUAUGUUAGCAAUUAAGAACGGAGUUUAUAGCUUAAAAUAUUGAAAAGAGAGAAAUGGAUGUGAUCAUUUGUGCUGAUAUUAAGGCCGACAAAAAGUGAAAUGUAUGACUGGCGUAAAUGAACCGGAAGGAAAACUUUGACUCGAAGGCGGGAAGCUGCAAUGGCAGAGGAAUCAGCCUGUAGUGUAGACGACACUGUGAAGAGGUCUUUAGAUGAUGUCAAUACAGUGUUGACGUACGCCAAACUUGACGCUGCUGAGCUUCAUCCACACAUUCAGACAAUUUUCUUCUCCAAAAGUUUAGAAAAUGACGCUGUCAAGCUCUUGGAGCUGGACACGGAUGUCCUUUGUGCACUGGAAGCAGGAGAAAGUCCUGCGUGGAGACAAGGAUGACACGGCAGUGCUGUGCACAAAGAAUAAGACUUUUGACUUAAAGGAAGCAGAGUUGUCCAAUUCGAUGUUGCUGCUUGAAAAUCUUAGCUAUGGCCCAGACCUUCCUGAUGAAGGCCCCCAGGAGAUUCAUCACCUUCAGGUUUCCGCUGUGCUUCAUAAAUACUUUGAGCUGAGAAUCAUCAAGCCUCGUCUUCAAAAGCUGAAACAUUUGCUGGAUGAAAACCAGUAUAGUGGUCAGGAGUGUGAAGAGGAUCCUCAGCAUCAAGGCAAAAAGUACACCAUGGACGACUUCCUCAACAGAGUGCAGGCUAGUGAACAAGACAUAACAGACGGCCUGAAAAAAUUGAGAGCCUUUGAAUUCAAAGGUUUUUGGAGGGUGCUAGAUUUCGACCAUCUAUCUACUGUACUGAGUCAUGUUAUCCAGCUUUCAGAAGAAGGGGACUGGAUAAACACUGGCAUUCCUCUAGCAGAAUGUAUAGAGGUUCUACAAGAACUUUUUCCCAGGGAGGUAAUUCAGCAUGUUGUCAGCUGCUAUGCAGUUCUACAGGAAAAUAAUGAGUCUGAAAUUUACAGGAUAAAUGAAGACAAGGUGUGUCAGUUCUAUGCAGAAGUUUGCUUGAGGAAUGCAGGAAAGUUUAAUUUGCAAGAGUUUCUUCAGGUGUGGGAGCAGAGUGUGCCACUUGGAAUGAAGAUAAACUUGUCUCAAGUUGAGGGUGUGGCUUUGAUUGAUCGUGAAUCAAAGCCAGAAACCAUUUCCUUUUUCUCAGUAGAAGAUUUACCAGAGGAAGUCUCUGAAAGGUUUGAUUAUCUAUUUGAUACCAAGAAGAAAUGGACACUGCAAGAAAUUUCACCAUAUGUGAGUGAUUUGACUACAGACAAGCUGGAUGUUGGAGCACUUCUCACAAAGUAUGCUAGGGCAUCAGUUCAAAAUGGUGUCAAAGUCUUCAGUUCACGAAAAGCAGCAUCUUGAUGUAUGCCAACAAGAUAGAGAUGGUGUGUGCGUGCGCGUGUGCAUGUAUUAUAUGUGUGAGUGUGUGUAGGUUGAGUGCAUGUGUGCAAAAAAAGAGUUCAUGUGCAUGUUUGGGGGAAUCUACGUUUAACAACUAGGGGGAAAUGGGAUUGCUGAUGUGUGGUCGGUAUUUAGUAUACCAAAUGAACAUGGGAUAUAGAUACUGUUUAAUAACAGUGGAAUGUGCAAAUAGAGGAAACAUAUUGGCAUGGAGAUAAAGAUUGUUAAGCCUUUCUAGCUGAUGAAGCUUAGGACAAUUCAGCUGGUCUCAUGUAUAGUUAUCAAUAUUAAAAACAGUAAAAGCUGUUGAAACGCA